AUGGCGUCUUUCGACGAUAACGCGCUGUCCAAGCUGACAGAAAAGAUUGAUCAAAAGCUGUCUGAGUCAAAAAAGGGCCCAAAGAAGAAGCAGUCACAGCAGAACCUCAAGUCGCCGCAAAGCAAGCCCGACUUGAAGAGGAAAAGACAAGACGACAAGGCCGAACCUGCCGCCAAGAAACGCAACGACGUGCCCAAGCGUGACUUUAAGGACAACAAGAAAGACCGCAAGAACAAGGACGCAAACCCAAACAAGAAUGGCCCAAAGCCGACACAGAAUGGCGCAUCCUCCUCCAAUGUGCUUCUGGACGAAAUCAGAGCGCUCGGCGGUGAUGAGCAGGACCUAGAGCUUGUUGGGGGUAUAGACUCUGAGGACGAGGACAUUGGUGGCGGUGGUGGUGGCGCCAAGGGUAGCCAACUUGACAAAGCUCUACAAGCAGAACUAGCCAAGUUUGCUUCAGGGCUCGGCUUCGAAAAGGUGCAGCCUGAAGUGGCAGAGGAGGAGGAGGAGGCUGAAGAAGAGGCCGAACAAGACGAGGAAGAAGAGGACUGGGAGGAGGCAUCGGAAGAAGAGGAAGCCGCCCCAAGCAAAGCAAAGUCCGAGAAAAAGACCACGACCGCCCAGUCGAUACCUAGAGGCGAUUGGAAAACGAUAUUUGAGCCUCGUCCCGAUUGGCAUGCUGUUGAAUUGACAAGACUUCCCGAACCCAACCUCGACGACGAUGUUGGCCAAUAUUUCUCAGCCAUUGCCGGAUUGAAGGCCUACGCCAAGCGCGUCUUGGAAGAAGACAGCACCACCCACAACACCUCUCAGCAAUCGUCGUCUUCGCGCAAGUUCAUGUCAGAAAUCAUGUCCUCUGGUACCAUGUCUGAUAAGACGUCCGCCUUGACACUCGCCAUUCAAGAAUCGCCAGUACAUAGCAUCAAAGCACUCGAAAACCUCAUUGGACUUGCAACAAAGCGUAGUCGUGGCCAGGCUCUGGCCGCAGCAGCCGCCCUGGUGGAUUUGUUGGGACCUGGUAGUCUUUUGCCCUCGGAUCGACGCCUGCGCACAUUCGGUUCCCAGCCUGGUCUAAUUGGCACACUGCAAAAACACCACAUCAAGACUUGGACAGAUAAGCAGGGCCUUCCAGGUGUGAUCAACAAGGCACACCUCGUUUCUUGGGCCUUUGAGGACUGGCUCAAGGAGGCCUACUUCAGAAUCAUUCAGGCCAUCGAAACGUGGUGCAACGAUGAGAUUGAAUACUCGCGGGUCAGAUCCAUUGACAUGGUUUAUGCCCUGCUGAAGGAUAAACCCGAGCAGGAGUCCAACUUGCUUCGGUUGCUAGUCAACAAGCUGGGAGACCGUGAGAAGAAGAUUGCUUCAAGAGCAUCAUAUCUUCUCCUGCAGCUCUUGAACAUUCACCCAGGAAUGAAGGCAAUCAUGAUCAAGACUAUUGAGCAGGAGGUCGUCUUCCGACCUGGACAAAACAUCCGAACAAAAUACUACGCCACAAACACCUUGAACCAGACUAUUUUGAGUAGCAAGGAGCCACAAAUAGCCGACUCAUUGCUAAAGAUUUACUUUGGCAUGUUCGUUGCUCUCCUCAAGAGCGGCGAUCUCGGCGACGUGGAGAAGUUUGAGGCUUCAGAGAAGCCCGAAAAGACAAAAGCUAAGAAGCGAACUCGUGCGCCGGGACCUUCCAAGAAAGAAAUUGAAGAAGCCAAGCACACUCAAGCUGAAAGAGAGUCGGCCGAGAAGCUGGUGUCGGCUAUUUUGACUGGUAUCAACCGAGCUGUACCAUUCUCCGAGACUGACUCGUCGACUCUCGAAACCCAUCUCGACACGUUAUUCCGCAUUACUCAUUCCUCAAACUUCAACACCAGUAUCCAGGCCUUGAUGCUGAUUCAACAAAUGGCCACCACUCGGCAUCUGGCUACGGAAAGAUUCUACCGCACCCUUUACGAGUCUCUAUUGGACCCCCGAUUGAUGACCUCGUCGAAGCAAGCCUUGUAUCUGAAUCUUCUGUACCGGAGCUUGAAGAACGAUGUCGAUCUUCGCCGAGUCAAGGCUUUCGUCAAGCGAAUGCUUCAAGUUCUUAACCUUCACCAGCCCUCUUUCGUAUGCGGCAUUAUUUAUUUGAUCAUGGAGCUGUGGGCGACGUUCCCCGAUCUCAGCACUCUGCUGAAUGAGCCCGAGGAGCAUGAUGAAUUGGAGGGAACGAACAACACAGACGAGCAGGGCGACGAGCCACCGAAGCCAACCGAUGCUUAUGAUGGCCGAAAGAGAGUUCCCGAAUACAGCAAUGCUCAUCGCAGUUGCUUGUGGGAGCUGAUGCCUUUCUUGAGACAUUACCACCCAACAGUCGACAUUUAUGCCACCAGCUUGCUGAAUGGCAAGAAGCCAGCACAGAAGCCCGAUCUCACCAGUCACACCUUGAUCAACUUCCUUGACAAGUUUGUCUACAAGAACCCUAAGGCCACCGACACCACGAGAGGUAACUCGCUUAUGCAACCUGUGGCUGCUGCUGGGCAAGGCAGUGUUCUGGUCACCGGCAGGCCCAGUGGCAAGGCUUCCGUGUCCCUCAACUCUGCAGAGUUCUGGAACAAGAAGGUCCAGGAUGUUGCCGUCGAGGACGUAUUCUUCCACGAGUACUUUAACCGGGUUGGCAAGCCUGCCCAAGCUGACCGUGCCAAGAAGGCCAAGGCCGACGAGGAGGAUGAGGAGCUCGGCGCUGAAGGCAGCGACGCCGGCGAGGACGAGAUCUGGGAAGCCCUCAAGGCGUCGCGGCCCGAGGUGCAAGAAGACUCGGAGAGCGAGCUGGGCUCCGACUUUGAAGAGCUCAUGGACGAUGGAUCCGAUGAUGGUCUCAACGAGGAUGCAAUGGACGUGGACGGCGAGUCAGAUGGUGGUCUCGACUUUUCUGAUGCUUCAUCGCUCGACUUUAGCAGCGAUGAAGAAGAGGAGGGCGGUGCGCCAGCUGCCAAGGAGGACAAUGGCAAGCCCGAAUCUGAGGCCCGCAAGAGGAAGAAGAUGCUCAAGGGUUUGCCGACAUUUGCUUCGGUCGAUGAUUAUGCUCAAAUGCUGGCAGAGGAGGAAGACGGUUUAUAG